AUGUUGCAUGAAUUUUGCGCUAUAUUCCCGGAGCUUCCGUCAGAUCCUAGGACAUUACUGUCCAAUCCGAGAUUUACACCGAAAACCACGGUUGGUGAUGGGACAUACGUUCAUUCCGGAGUAUCUGAUUGUAUUCGACGUGUUACUGUUAGUCAAUCACGUAACCAAGGGAAUGCGCUGCAGCUCCAACUUCAUAUAGGUGGAAUGUCUGUAUUCCGAAGUUCUAUGCAAAAAGUUUGGCCAAUACUUGGUAGACUGUUUGAACCGCGUUCAACCAUUUUCAUUAUUGGUCUGUAUAAUGAGAUGUCAAAACCCACUGACGUUCACGCCUUCUUGUCCAAUUUGAUUGAUGAUCUGCGAGUUCUUCUGUGCGAUGGCCUUCUCAAUGUGGAGUCAGGGCACAUUCAACGCGUUGAAUUACAUAGUGUUAUUGCUGACGCUCCUGCCAAAGCCGUACUGAAGCAAGCAAAGCAGCACAUUGGAUACUGUUGCUGUCCCAAUCGAAUUCAAAAAGCUGUCUAUAUCAAGGGACGCUUGGCCUUCCGAACGGGUGUUUCCAAAGCACGCACAUAUUGGGAUUUCCGUGCCCGUAUUCACGAUGAUCAUCAUACUGGAAUAUCUCCUUUCGAGAGACUUCCAGUGGAUAUGAUUGGUGUGUUCUCGACGGAAUACGUGCAUGCAGUCUGUCUGGGAUUGAUGAAACGCGCAUCCAUGUUGCAGGUGGCACAGAAUCGGCUGGUGUUAGCCAUUGAAUAUGUGACCUGCAAGUCUCCCAGACGUUGUCGCAGUCUGAAUGAUGUAGAACUUUGGAAGGCAACGGAGUAUCGGCAAUUUCUGCUGUACCUUGGACCGGUAAUCCUACGCCACAUCUUACCGUUGGAGAUGUACGAAAAUUUCCUGGAAGUUUCCGUAUUCACGUUCAUCUUUCGCAGCGGUAAAUUUGCAACGCAUUACUUGCCCUACGUGGAACAACAAUCACUUCGCGUCGUUCGUGAUUUUGCUCAUUUGAGAUUUCGUGAAGAUGCUCUGGGAUGA